AUGAUGCACUUCAGGAAAAAAUCAAGUGUCAGUAACACGAGUGACCACGAAGGAGGGAACCAUCCCACGGAGGCCAAAAUCUCUGAUGACGACAAGGCAAGAUUAAAGAUGCGUACCGCUUCCGUUGCUGAUCCUAUCUUGGAUGCUGUGCAGGAAGCUCAGCCUUUUGAACAAGCCGCUGAUACCUUCCACGAUAACAUGAACAGACAAUCUUACUUCUCCAACGAAGAAGGUCACGUUCUGUGCGACGUCUUCGGUCAAACAAUCACACAGGCUGAUAUAUCGAACCCAACUAGAGCAAGAGACGAGAGACCUCUGGACACUAUAAGAAGUUUCGAGUAUGCUGUCUCUGGAGACCCAAUCUGGGCCCAACAGUUGGAGACUCCCACCUAUGGGUUCCGUGUAAGACCUGACUUUCCCAUGUUCGGUUCUGCUGUGGCCUAUGACGCGAACGGUAUGCCUCAACAAAUGGGUGCUUCUUCCAACCAAAUGUACGGUGAACAAGCAGUUUAUCAACCACAACAGCACGUUGAAACUGGGGAGAAAGAAAAGAAGAAGAAGAGAGGUUUAUUCGGUAGAAUGAAGAAGAAAUAA